UUGGUGAUGUACAUUGGUCAGGUGGCCAAGGACAUCCUGAAGUGGCCCCGCCCCUCAUCCCCUCCUGUUGUGAAACUUGAAAAGAGAGUGGUUGCAGAAUACGGAAUGCCAUCCACGCACGCCAUGGCAGCCACUGCCAUUUCCUUCACCCUCCUCAUCUCUACCAUGGACAGGUACCAGUACCCUUUUGCUUUGGGCCUGACAAUGGCUGUGGUGUUCUCUACAUUGGUGUGUCUCAGCAGACUCUACACCGGGAUGCACACGGUCCUGGAUGUGCUGGGUGGUGUGCUGAUCACUGCCUUCCUCAUCGCCCUCACCUACCCUGCCUGGACCCUCAUCGACUCCCUGGACUCAGCCAGCCCCCUCUUCCCUGUGUGUGUUAUAGUUGUGCCAUUUUUCUUGUGCUACAACUACCCUGUGUCAGACUACUACAGCCCAACCAGGGCGGACACCACCACCAUCGUGGCUGCCGGGGCUGGGGUCACCCUUGGAUUCUGGAUCAACCACUUCUUUCAGCUGGUGGCUCAGCCCACCCCAACCUUUCCUGUAAUUCGGAGCAUCCCAGCCCUCACCACGGACAUGCUGGUUUUGGGUCUGACCAAAUUUAUGGUGGGAAUUGUGUUGAUCGUCUUGGUUCGUCAACUUGUACAAAACCUCUCGCUGCAAGUGUUAUUCUCAUGGUUCAAGGUGGUGACGAGGAACAAGGAGGCCAGGCGAAGACUGGAGAUUGAAGUCCCUUACAAGUUUGUCACCUACACGUCUGUUGGCCUCUGUGCCACGACUUUUGUGCCAAUGUUGCACAGGUUUUUGGGAUUGCUCUGAGUCCCAAACAGAUGGAAACUAGUCCAUGAGUGUGAGAGGCAAACUGUGAGAAAGCGGUCUGUUGGGGCAAUCUCAACCCCACCAG